UUCACUGUUCAAUUAUCCAAGAAUUAAGAAUAUCAAUCAAAAUGUAUAAGCUCUUCCUAGUAGCCGCGUUUGUCGCGAUGACCGCUGCGAGGCCGCAGCACGGUCACGACUACCAGCACGGUCACGGUCACGCUGUGUCAUCGCAGAGCAUCGUACUGCACCAAACUCACGAGAGCAAGCACGAGCCCGUACACCACGAGGAACAUCAUGAGGAGCAGCACGAGCAGCACCAGGAGGAGCAUCACCACGGACACCACGAGGAACACCACGGCCACGCCUCCUCCUCACAGAGCAUCAAGCAGCACCACGGCAAAGCCACAGAGAAACACGUCGAGUACUAUUCUCACCCUAAGUACGAGUUCGCGUACAAAGUGGUGGACCCUCACACCGGCGACAAGAAAUCUCAGCACGAGUCUCGUGACGGUCACGUCGUGAAGGGCGUGUACAGUCUGCAUCAACCCGACGGCACCGUCAGGAUCGUCGAGUACCACGCUGACAAGAAGACUGGAUUCAACGCCAACGUAAAGUACGAGGGUCACGCCGUGCACAUUGUUCCUGAACACCACCACCACCAUUGAUCUGACAAACUUUAUGUUAUUAUAAACCUCUACGUUUUUAUUGUUGAUUGUUGAACCUAUUCUAAGCUAUGUGAUGUAAAUAUGAAAUAAAUAAUUUAAUUUAUAA